AUGAACGCUGAGACUUGCGUCUCUUACUGCGAGUCGCCGGCCGCUGCCAUGGACGCCUACUACAGCCCGGUGUCGCAGAGCCGGGAAGGUUCGUCGCCUUUUAGGGGAUUCCCAGGAGGCGACAAGUUCGGUACAACUUUUCUGUCGGCCGCGGCCAAAGGACAGGGAUUCGGGGACGCCAAGAGCCGGGCCCGCUACGGCGGCGCGGGGCAGCAGGACCUGGCGGCACCGCUGGAGAGCAGCGCCGGGGCGCGGGGAUCCUUUAACAAGUUCCAGCCGCAGCCGCCCACCCCGCAGCCGCCGCCCGCGCCGCCCGCGCCGCCUGCGCAUCUCUACUUGCAGAGGGGCGCCUGCAAAACGCCCCCGGACGGCAGCCUCAAGCUCCAGGAGGGCAGCGGCGGCCACAACGCGGCCUUGCAGGUCCCCUGCUACGCCAAAGAGAGCAACCUGGGUGAGCCAGAGUUGCCCCCUGACUCUGAGCCUGUGGGCAUGGACAGCAGCUACCUCAGUGUGAAAGAGGCAGGGGCCAAGGGGUCCCAGGACCGGGCCAGCGCUGAGAUACCGAGCCCCCUGGAAAAGACCGACUCUGAGAGUAACAAAGGCAAGAAGCGGCGGAACCGGACCACCUUCACCAGCUACCAGUUGGAGGAGCUGGAGAAAGUCUUCCAGAAGACACACUACCCUGAUGUGUAUGCGCGGGAGCAGCUGGCUAUGAGGACCGACCUCACCGAGGCCCGUGUGCAGGUUUGGUUCCAGAACCGGAGGGCUAAGUGGCGAAAGAGGGAGCGCUUUGGGCAGAUGCAGCAGGUCCGGACCCACUUCUCCACGGCCUACGAGUUGCCCCUCCUCACCCGAGCAGAGAACUAUGCCCAGAUUCAGAAUCCGUCCUGGAUUGGCAACAAUGGGGCUGCCUCACCGGUGCCAGCCUGUGUGGUCCCCUGUGACCCGGUGCCAGCCUGUAUGUCCCCUCAUGCUCACCCUCCUGGCUCCGGGGCCAGCAGCGUCUCCGACUUCUUGAGUGUCUCUGGAGCUGGCAGUCACGUGGGCCAGACACAUAUGGGCAGCCUGUUUGGAGCAGCUGGCAUCAGUCCGGGCCUCAAUGGCUACGAGAUGAACGGCGAACCAGACCGCAAGACCUCAAGCAUUGCUGCCCUGCGCAUGAAGGCCAAGGAGCACAGUGCAGCCAUCUCUUGGGCCACAUGA